UACCAAAGACUUAAUUAUCAUUUCAGGCUUAACAUGUGUGUGCCAAUUGUGUGAAAAAACAAACUUCACUUGUGAAACGGAGGGAGCAUGUUGGACUUCUGUCAUGCUAUCGAAUGGCCGGCAAGAAGUAAUAAAGGCAUGUGUUUCCCUACCGCAGCUGAAGGCACAGAUCUUUUGCCACGGUUCUAAGAAUGUAACCAGGAGGGAAUGCUGCUUCACAGAUUUCUGCAACAAUGUCACCAUUUACCUGCCUACAGGUCAAGAACCUUCAAACAAAUCAAAACUAGGACCUGUGGAGCUGACUGUAGUUAUAACCAUACCGGUGUGUGUGUUGUCCAUUAUUUUACUGCUGGCAGCCUACACAUGCCAAGGACACCUCUGCAGACACAGAAAAAAAAGAAGGCCAAACAUUGAAGAACCUCUCUCUGAGUGUAAUCUAGUGAACCCAGGAAAAUCUCUCAAAGAUCUAAUUUUUGACAUGACAACAUCAGGUUCUGGAUCUG